AAAGGGAAAAAACAGAAUCAAAAGGUGAAAAAUGAGAAUUACGCGACACUAUCCAAACGGGGUCCUAUUGAAGACAACCUUAGUUGUAGUCAACAUGCUCAUGGCUACGUCACGCUUCUCUCUCUCCCGCUCCAUCCAUCCAAUCCUAAAACGCACCCCUUUUUCUUCUUCUUAUCCCCAUUUUACCUCCAAGCAUUUGCUUAAAUCCCACCCUUGUCCUCUCUGGUCUUCAUCUUUCUCCUUCUGCCUCCAGACUUUUCACCGCUCAACUUCUCCUUCUCUCUCUUCCUCUUCGUUUUCUUCUUGCUCUUCUCUCUCUCCUCCUUCAAUGGCUUCUUCUGCGUCUGUUGAUGAGAACAUUGAGUCCAAUCCUCUCUUGCAAGAUUUUGACUUUCCACCUUUUGAUGUUGUUGAAGCUAAUCAUGUCAGGCCUGGGAUUCAUGCCUUGUUGAAGAAACUCGAGAGUGAUUUGGAUGAAUUGGAGAAGGCAUUGGAGCCUUCAUGGCCAAAGUUGGUGGAGCCAUUGGAAAAGAUUGUUGAUCGGUUGACUGUUGUGUGGGGAAUGGUUAAUCAUCUUAAGUCUGUUAAAGAUACAUCUGAGCUCCGUGCUGCCAUUGAAGAAGUCCAGCCUGAAAAAGUAAAGUUUGAACUAAGAUUGGGACAAAGUAAACCCAUCUACAAUGCAUUCAAGGCCAUUCGAGAAUCUCCUGAUUGGUUGUCACUAAGUGAAGCUCGCAAACGUAUUGUAGAAACCCAGAUAAAGGAAGCUGUUCUUAAAGGUGUUUCUCUUGAAGAUGAUAAAAGAGAACAGUUUAACAAAAUUGAACAGGAGCUGGAGAGGCUGUCUCAGAAAUUUAGCGAGAAUGUUUUGGAUGCCACAAAGAAGUUUGAAAAGCUGAUAACAGAUAAGAAAGAAAUUGACGGUUUGCCUGCAACUGCUCUUGGGUUAGCUGCCCAAACAGCAGUUUCUAAGGGGCAUGAAAAUGCAACUGCUGAGAAUGGGCCAUGGGUAAUUACAUUGGAUGCUCCAAGUUUUAUUUCUGUUAUGCAACAUGCUCGUAACCGUGCUUUGCGUGAGGAAGUCUACCGUGCUUAUGUAACUCGGGCAUCAAGUGGUGACUUGGAUAAUACACCAAUCAUCAAUCAGAUAUUGAAGCUUCGUUUGGAAAAGGCUAAGCUUCUCAAUUACAAUAACUAUGCUGAGGUAAGCAUGGCAACCAAAAUGGCUACUGUUGAUCAAGCUGAAGAACUUUUAGAAAAGCUUCGGAGUGCUUCCUGGAAUGCUGCUGUCCAAGAUGUUGAAGACCUAAAAAGUUACUCUAAAAGCCAAGGUGCAUCAGAAGCUGAUAAUUUGAGCCAUUGGGACAUCAACUUCUGGAGUGAGAGGCUUCGUGAGUCGAAAUACAACAUCAAUGAGGAAGAACUCCGGCCAUAUUUCUCAUUUUCAAAGGUUAUGGAUGGCCUUUUCAACCUUGCUAGGACACUUUUUGGGAUUGAUAUUGAGCCGGCUGACGGUCUAGCUCCUGUUUGGAACAAAGAUGUUAGGUUCUACCGUGUCAAAGAUUCUUCAGGUAGUCCAAUUGCCUAUUUCUAUUUUGAUCCAUACUCUCGUCCAUCAGAGAAAAGGGAAGGUGCAUGGAUGGAUGAGGUUGUUUCUCGAAGUCGUGUACUGUCACGUAAUGGUACCACAGCAAGGUUGCCUGUUGCCCACAUGGUGUGCAAUCAAACACCACCCUUCGGGGACAAGCCAAGCCUCAUGACAUUCCGUGAAGUUGAGACCAUCUUCCAUGAAUUUGGCCAUGCACUUCAGCAUAUGCUAACCAAGCAAGACGAGGGUCUAGUUGCUGGCAUUCGUGGGAUUGAGUGGGAUGCUGUUGAGUUGCCCUCUCAAUUCAUGGAAAAUUGGUGUUACCACAGAGAUACAUUAAUGAGCAUUGCAAAGCAUUAUGAAACAGGGGAGAGUCUCCCUGAAGAGGUAUAUUUGAGGCUUCUUGCUGCAAGGACUUUCCGUGCUGGUUCUCUAAGUCUUCGUCAGCUUCGAUUUGCUUGCGUAGAUUUGGAGCUACAUACAAAAUAUAUACCAGAUGGGUCAGAAUCUGUUUAUGAUGUUGAUCAGAGAGUUUCCAGAAAAACACAAGUGAUCCCCCCAUUGUCAGAAGAUAGGUUCCUUUGUGGUUUCAACCAUAUAUUUGCAGGCGGAUAUGCUGCUGGAUACUAUAGUUACAAGUGGGCAGAAGUAUUGUCUGCAGAUGCUUUCUCAGCAUUUGAGGAUGCUGGAUUGGAAGACAGCAAGGCUGUUAAAGAAACUGGCCACAGGUUCCGAGAGACCAUUCUUGCUCUGGGAGGUGGAAAAGCACCAUUAGAGGUCUUUGUCGAGUUCCGUGGACGCGAACCUUCACCAGAGGCGUUGCUGAGGCACAAUGGAUUGUUAGCAGUCACAGCCUGAGCGUCAGCUGUUCUUCAGUUGCCAUUUGCAGUUAUAAAAGAGACAUGCAAAGCAAGUUUUCUAGGUCAUUUAGGUUUCUGUUAUACAACACUUUUGUGUUUAAUUCAGCUCGUCAAACCAUUUUUUUCUAGUCACAAAAGGAAAACACAACCCCUCCAAGUUUUUUAAUCUGGAAUUUUCUUUGGAGUUGAUCUCUUCUGGUGAAAUAUUUUCAGAUUCUG